AUGAGUCCCUCUGUCCUGCAGGAGAGCGCGGAGGAGCGGCGCGCGGGGCGCAUCCGAGGGCGGCGCUUCCCCCGACCUUCGACCGACGACGACGACCUGCAGACGCCCCGUUGCACGCCCACGCCCAGCCCGCACACCACACCCGAGCCCCCGAGCCAGGGCGAAGGCAGUGCCACGGAGCUGCAGCAGGGGGAGGGGGGCGGGGAGGGGCGGCCGUGCACAGCGACCACAAACGCCGCCAACGGCUGGCUGCUUCCCUUCGCGACGCGCGCCGCCAGGAGAGCGCCGACGCCGCCGCCGACGCGCCGAGGAGCGCGCAGCGACAGGGGUCGUCCGCAGGGUCGUCGGCAGGGAGCAGCGGCAGGGAGGGGGCUCGGCGGGGCGAGGGGGGAGUUCUCCCUGAUCGAGCACUACCCGCCGAGGGAGCGCCUCACCCUGAGCGGCUCCGACAGCGGCGGCAGCGGCAGCACGCCUCCUCCGACAGCUCCCCGAGGGCUCCUCCGAGGGCGCGACCGUGCUGGCCGAGGCGAAGGCGCCGGCGCAGCGCACCCGCCUCGACUCCCCUCUGGCGGGCAGCGCCGUCGGCCGUCGCCACCACACCAUCACGGCCCACGACCUGCGCACCGUGUCCAGCCUCUCCAGGCUGGACUCGGCCAACCCGGCGGUGCCAAAGCGGGGCGCCAUCACGCCCUAACUUAUAACCCUGGAGGUCCCCACCCGCCUUGCUUCUGCUCUGAAUUGGAAAAAUCUAAUUUAGUAGAAGCUUACUGA